AGUUACGGAGUUAUUAGGUUUGUUGAACCUUUGAAUCCAUUUUUAAGGACAUAUAUAAGACAAUAUUUAUUGAAUUGAACAAUGUGGUAGGAUUAUUUAUAGUAGAACUGAAGAACUAUAAGGGUAUCAUCAUGAUGGUGUUCAAAAUACAAGUGCCGGAAACAAUGUCGUGGUUCUCAGAAGUUGAAUUAGGACCUCCUGUAGAAGUUUUUGCUCUCACUAAGGCCUACAAUGAUGAUACUUUCGAUAAGAAAGUCAAUCUUGGAGUUGGAGCUUACAGAAACAGUGAAGGUAAACCAUGGGUUCUGCCAGUUGUAAGAACAGCAGAAAAAGCUCUAGCUAAUGAUGACUCACUCAACAAAGAGUACCUGCCAAUUUUGGGUUUGGAGGCUUUCAGUUCUGCAGCUACUACCAUGUUGCUGGGACAAGAUUCACCUGCAAUCCGUGAAGGAAGGUCAUUUGGUGUCCAAUCUCUAUCUGGUACUGGAGCCCUUAGAGUUGGUGCUGAGUUCCUUGCCAGAGUAUUAGGAAAGAAGACCUUUUACUAUUCUGAUCCUACUUGGGAAAACCACAAAUUGCUCUUUAAGAAUGCUGGCUUUGAAGAAGAACGUAGCUACAGGUACUGGGACAAUAAAACUCGUGGUUUAGACUUCAAUGGUAUGAUAGAAGAUCUGAGAAAUGCUCCAGAGGGUGCUGUCAUCAUUUUACAUGCUUGUGCACACAAUCCAACAGGUUCAGAUCCCACUCCCGAACAAUGGACAGAAAUCGCAGCUGUUUUAAAAGAAAGAAAAUUGUUCCCCUUCUUCGACUGUGCCUACCAAGGUUUCGCCUCUGGUAACUUGGUCAAAGACGCUUCUGUGGUAAGAAAAUUCGCCGCCGAAGGCUACGAGUUCUUCUGUGCCCAGAGUUUUGCCAAGAACUUCGGCCUUUACAAUGAACGUGUUGGAAAUCUAACAGUAGUGGUUAGCAAACCAGACCUUGUGGCCCCUGUCAAAUCGCAGCUUACUCUCAUCGUUAGAGGAAUGUACUCAAACCCACCUAGUCACGGGGCCAGGAUAGUAUCUUAUGUACUCAAUAACCCAGAUUUGGCCAAGCAGUGGCAAGAUAAUAUCACUACGAUGUCUUCAAGAAUAAUCGAAAUGAGAACUCUGUUAAGAAACGCAUUAGAGGAGUUGGGAACUCCAGGAGACUGGAGCCAUUUAACUAAGCACAUCGGAAUGUUCUCGUACACGGGUCUUAAUGAAAUCCAGUCAGAACACUUGGUGAAGAAACACCAUGUCUACUUGCUGCGUUCUGGAAGAAUCAGUAUGUGUGGUUUGAACAGCGACAACGUGAACUAUGUUGCUAAAGCCAUACAUGAAACAGUUACCACCCUACCCAGCAAAAUAUAAGUAUUUUAAAAUUCAUAUGGGAAAAUGCCACAUAAGGAAAAACAUUUUUAUUUUUUUGUCUUAGCUCGUUCUUUGAUGGGUCUUUUCUUGCAAACCAAAGAGAAACAUUUUAUGGAACAAUGACAUCUAAUUAUGUGGUAUGAUAAUCCUGUAUAGGAAAAAUAUCACAUAAAUAUGGAAAAUAGAAACUUGCCAAUAUUUCAAAUACUAAUAUCUUACCAAAUUUUACCAAAUAUAGUUUUUUGGCAGUGUUUUGUAAAAUAUUGUCAAACUAUCUAUAAGUUUUAAUUUUAUAAUUAAUUUAAUUUAAUUCAUUAAAAUGUUAAAACAGUUUUAUUUUUGUCUAUUUUUGUUAUAUUAUUUCCAAAAAAGAUUAUACCAUUGAGAUUUGCACAAGUAUACCGAGCUUAAUGACAAUAUUGAUUGUGGUUUUAUUCCCAAGAGCAUUUUAUACAAGUAUUACUGUAAGAUACAACUGUACAGCUAAAUAAAUAUGUUAUGUCCGUU